AGGGGGUCGUUGACCUGCAGUCUUGAGUUUGUUAAGGGGCUACACGAGACUCACAUUGGGCUGUCGAUCUUGUGCUUGUUGAUGGCUUCUUCUUCUUCAUCUGUUCCUGAUUGGAAAUAUGAUGUCUUCUUGAAUUUUCGAGGCGAAGACACUCGCAGGACCUUCAUUGGCCAUCUCUACAAAGCUCUAGUUCAGAACUCAAUCAACACGUUCAUUGACGCUGAACAGCUCAGAAAAGGCAACGGCCUUUCGCAGCUACUCACAGCUAUAAGCGACUCGAGGCUUUCAAUUGUAGUUUUUUCUCAAAACUACGCUUCUUCCACAUGGUGCUUGAAAGAACUCGUCCAAAUACUGCAAUGCAUGGAUCAGAAGAAGCAGAUUGUGAUUCCCAUUUUCUACGAAGUAGACCCAUCUCAUGUUCGUAAAAUCGAGGGAAGUUUUGAGAAAGCUUUUUCUAAACAUGAACAUGAUCCUAACGCCGACAUGGAGGAAGUGCAGCGGUGGAGGUCCGCUCUACAAAGAGCCCCCAAUUUAUGUGGCUGGGAUUCACAAAAUUACCAGGAUGAUGCCAAGCUUAUUGAGUUGAUUGUAGAUGAUAUUUUUAAGAAAUUGAUCAACAACUUAUCAAGUGAAAAGAGUGGCUUGGUUGGAAUGGAUUCCCGCUUACAGAAAAUGGAUUCACUAUUAUGUCCUGAGGUCGGUAACGUUCGCCUUGUUGGAAUAUGGGGUAUGGGCGGUAUAGGCAAAACCACCAUCGCUAGAGCUGUGUAUGACAAAAUCAAUCAUCACUUCGAAGGUCGCUGCUUUCUUGAAAAUGUCAAGGGACGUUUUCCCUCCACUGAUGCAGGUGAAGCACCACUAGAUAUGCAGGCAGAACUUCUAUCUAGUAUCACAAAUAUGAAGGUGGGGAGUUCAGAGAUUUUGAGAAAUGGCUUUCAGAAGAUGAUGGAAAGAGUCGGUAAGAAAAAAGUUUUACUUGUUCUGGAUAAUGUGGAGAGUUCAUCCCAAAUUGAAGCCUUAAUUGGAAAGCAACCUUCAUUUGGUGGCGGAAGUCGAAUCAUUAUAACAACUAGAGAUAAGCAGUCACUAAGUAGACUUGGUGAUCAGAUAUAUGAGCCCGAGUUGUUAAAUGACGAUGACGCUCUUGAGCUGUUUAUGCAGUAUGCUUUCAGUACAAAGCAACCCACAGAAGAAUACAUUGAUCUGUCAGGCCAUUUCAUAAAAUAUGCUCAAGGUUUGCCUUUAGCACUUAAAGUCUUGGGAGCAUUUCUCGAUAACAAAAGUGUACUUUUGUGGAAAGAUGAGUUAAAGAAAAUAGCGAAAAACCCGCACCUGGGAAUUCAGAAAGUCCUUAGAACAAGCUUUGAUGGACUAGAUGGUUUACAGAAGGAAAUAUUUCUUGAUAUUGCAUGUUUCUUUAAACAAAUGAAGAAAGACUUCGCAAUACGGAUUAUGGAAGGUUGUGACUUGCAUCCCCAUACCGGAUUAGACGUCCUAGUUGGAAGAGCUCUUGUCGUUAUCUCAUCUGACGGUGUACUUGAGAUGCAUGAUUUAUUAGAGGAAAUGGGUCGUGAAAUCGUACGUCAGGAAUCUAUAAAAGAGCCCGGGAGGCGCAGUAGGCUGUGGAGCUAUGAAGAUGUGCAUCAUGUGUUAACUCAAAAAACGUUGAGAAAUGCACUCCCCCUCCCCUCCAUUAAUGCUACAGAAGCAGUUGAAAGCAUAAUUGUGCGUUGGCCACAUGGAGACAAUGUGGUGAAAUUAAACACCGCUUUUGUUGAAAUGACAAAACUAAGACUACUCAAAGUCUAUACCCACUAUUUACGACCACCGAUCAGGAAGUCCGUUGAUCAAUGGAAAUACGAGGAUCUAAAGUUUCUCUUUAAAAAAUUAAGUUAUCUAUUCUGGGACAAAUGUCCCCUAAAGUCUUUAUCAUCCAAUUUUAACCCAGAGACUCUUGUUGAAAUUGACAUGCAAUAUAGUUGGGUUGAACACCUCUGGAAAGGAACUAAGUUUCGAAGCACUGCACCUAUGAUUAAUGCGAUGGUCCCAAACAAUGAGCAAAAUAAGAAAGUGGAUGAUGUGGAAUCCUGCCUCCCCUGGAAGGAUGAUUCAGAAACUUUGACUGAUCCUGAGGAGUCAAGCUAUGUGGAAUCCCUCUUCCCCGGUAGGAAUGAUUCAGAAAUUUUGAUUGAUCUUGAGGAGUCAAGCUAUAUGGAAGAGAUGAGGCAGCGACAUUUGGAAGAGACCAGGCAGGGACAUCGACGUUUGGAAGAGAUCAAACGUCGACGUUUGGGGCUGGGGUUUUACCACAAAAGGUCUCAGUAA